GAGAGCGGCUCAUUCAGCAGGACGGUGGCAGGGACAUGUUGGACAAUAUGAUUACAAACCUUUAGUAAUGGUAGUCGUAUGAGCGAAUGGCACUGACAGCCGGGCAGAGGGAAUGGUUGGCGUCUGAUUAUUUAAUAUGACUUUAUGAGGAAUUCCAGAUGAUAUCACUCCCAGCAGCGGCAACCUCUGCACAGAAUGACAGCAUGUUGUUUAGUUUCUGUGUGCAGUUCAGGGAGGUGGAGGAGGGGAUGCUGUGCCUCAGUGACAAAGAGUCUUUCAUGCAGUCAUACACUGAAGCCACUGGUUCCCACCCUCUUCCUUGUGGUCGUGGUGAUAUACGGACUGGCUGACAAACUACGAAACUUUGUGGCCAGUAUCUUCAUCCCGCAGUACCACUACCCGUAUGCAGUGGCUCUCUGCUUUGCCCAGGUCCUGAUCUCUCUCUUAGUCUUAAAUCUCCUCCAUGUCCUGAAUCUGGUGCCUCUGAAGCCUUACUCCCGGUCCCUGGGUGAGAGGUUGCUGGUGCCGGCUAUCUGUAACAGCAUCCAUGCCGUGAUGGCAAUGUGGGCCAAGGCUAGCUGCUCAUAUGCCGGCCUCUACCCCCUCACCCUGCCUCUGCUGCCCAUAGUAACUGUGGGCUUUAGUGUCUGCAUGAAGCUGGCAUCCCCACCAUCUAUCCACAUCUCUGUUCUGAUUUCCAUUCUGAGUGGGACAUCUUUUGUCAUCACAGUCUCCCAUGGUCUGGCAGGUAUCGAGCCUCUGGAGUACAUGUAUGCACCUCUGGCUUUAAUCCUCCACAGUUUGUCCCUGACUUGGCUGGCUAAGGUGUCUGAGGCUGAGCUCCACCACCCCCCUGAUGCCCAAGCCUCCAUUUUUGACAUCUACUACACCCAGCUGGUCAACCAGAGCUGGGUGUUGGGCCUCCUGUGGCUGCUGCACCCGGACAGUCCCUGGCAGGUGCUGAGUCGAGGCAACUGGCACAGCUUGCUGUUCCAUGGAUACCUGCUCGCCAUUCUCCUGCUAGGGAUGGUACUGAACUUCCUGGUCGGUAUAUCAGCUCUGUGUGUCUCCCCGCUAGCUGCUGCAGUGCUACACUCAGCGAAGCAAAUGGGACAGCCGCUUUUACACCUUUUGUAGUUUUGAAAGGACUGAGAAAAAUGAUGACUGUUCUGUAGUGUUUCAACGCGACAGUGUAUUUUAAUGCACAUCAUUGACCACAGCGUCCUUUUAUUCUUUGGAGAAAAGCAAGUUCAACUUUGUUUCUUCCAUUCACAGUUACAUAACUUGUGCUACUGAGGCACUUUUCCUUACAUAAUAUGGUCAUAUAAUAACAAUUUAAUAUAGUCAGUUGAAAGUGUCAGCAGAAAAGCAACCUGCAUUGAAGUAACUGCAACCAUGAUAGCAUAUAAAAAGCUAAUGAUUUACAAUCGAGUCCAAAAGUCUAGAGACCAGUUUUUAUCUUUUUAUUAAUCAAUCCUCACCAGUGUUCACAGAUAGAUACUUUCUUAUUGCCAUGCAACAGUGUUGGUGGUAAUUGUUUUGAUACAUGCAUGCAUGGUAGCUCAGUUCCAGUGCAAAAAGAAAGAGAGAAAAGAAAACAAGCAAACGGCUGCCUAAACGACAACGCGCACAAAAACACAUAAUGUGAAAAUAUGUACAGUGAAUACGUUUGAUAUGUACAGUUCAGUUCCCCAGAAAAUCGAGGUCAGAUCAGAACUACUUUACUAAGAUUACGUGGUUUUGAAAUGACAUAAAUGAAGACAUUUAGAUUAGUUACAUAUUUAUUAUAACUACUAACACAUCCUGCAUAUAGCCUCAAUACAUAUCUUUUUUUUAAGCAAUUGAGCACCAGCAUCUGUAAAGGACUGGGCUCAGUAUACCCAAAUCAUCUGAACACCCAACCACCUAAAUUAUCUCCUUGUUCCAGUUCGGUGAAGAACAUUAGCUACUUUUUAACAACAAUGAUAGACAGACCUGUGACCUAUGGCAAAACCAGCUCUUCGACAAUGAAACAAGUACAAAAUAAGCAGCAUGGGUCAAACAAUACUGGCUUUCUCUUAGAGGUAAAGGUGAGAGUAAUAUAGUGCAAAUGUCAAGAAUAUUUGUAUAUAUGUAUAUUCAUGAGUAAAUUUGAGGAGAAUUGUAGAUUGUUUUUAUAGUGAUAGUGGACACAGUGUUAGACCCAACACUAUAGUAUUAUGUGACAUAAUCUACUCAUCAGUAUUGAAGAGGUUUAAACUUUCAUGUUUUAUUGGAUGAAUUAGAUGCUGAAGUUCUGUGGAAGUUGUCCUUGAAUGAUUCUGACAUUUUUUUUCAGAUGAGAAGGGAUAACGAGGAAGACUGGGUUGUUCAUACUUCAUCAUGACUUUAUCAUGUUUACUUAACAGAGUUUAAAUAAUAAUUAAACAAAGACUCUAAACAAAAACAAAAACACUAACAAGGUUUGUGGACAUUGCCCUUGAAUGAAUCCGACCACUACGGUUUAUCAGAUGAGAAGGGAUAGUGACUCAUUUCUACAUAGAGUCUACAUUAAGUUAUUAUCAAAAUGACAUUGUGCCGUAAUGUAAGAAUAUGCUUUUAUUAUUAUUUAAUUAACGUUGAUGUAUGUUUAUGUAUUACAUUUAAUAUCUUACUAUUUCACAUGCUUAAAGGUCCCCUCCAGGCAUGUAUUAGACAUAUACUGCAUACAAAUAGUCUGCUUGGAACAAUCAUUUCUUGUUUUUCCCGCUGCAAAGAAAAGUAUAAUUUUCACAUUAAAAUCCUUAAAAAGGAAUCUUCUACCUCAUUAGAAAAUCAAGAAUCUAUGAAUAUGCACAUUGGCUCCACAAAUCAGAGAACUUUUCCACUUUCAGCAGAUGAACGAGAAAACCUCCUUCUAGUGUCAAACUUUGCAGAUACAUCAUUCUGCACAGUGAAAAAAUAUUUUUGAGUGGAGGGGGACUUUAAUCAAGCACAGUGAUAAAAAUGUUGAACUACCUGAUGAUGGUGCACCAAAGAGAACCUGUAUGCUUUUAAUAAACUGAAAUGACACUGA